AUGUUUCAAUCUUUUUCUAUAUCAAAGACGUUAGUUAUUCUUACUACAAAACUGUUAAAGCAACAACAAGUGAAAUGUAUUCGUUUUCAAUCUUCAUCCAAACCACCUAAAGUUAAUCCUGGUUAUAUUUGCUUUAUACGUGAUACAAAAGCAUUAUAUGGUUCAUCAAAAUUAGUAGAACAAGAACGUUAUGCUGUAGAUAAAAAUAAUCAUUUUUUUAAAGAUAAUAAGGAAAAAGAAGUAUUUGAUGAUGAAACAAAACUUCUGAUAUCAAUGAGUCCAUUAAAUCCUCCAGCAACGCCACCAAGAGGCGUAUCAAUUUCUCAAAAACGACGUUAUUUAAGUCAAUUAUGCCGAGUACCAAGAGGAUUAAAAUUAAGUUGUUCAUCAUCAAAACAAAUUGAAAUAAAUUGCCAAAAUACAUCAAUAACAAAACAACAUUUUCAAAAAUCAAAUUCACUUGAUUCCGGUUAUAAAACAUUAAAUACACCUAAUACAUUAUCUUAUACAAAUGAUACAUCAAUUGUAACAGUAGAUGAAGAAAAUAUUAAUAACAACACUUUUCAAAAAUUAAAUUCAUCAUCGUGUUCAUCUCCAUUAAGCAUUAAUGAACAAGAAAAUCAGUUGAGACCAACUGAAUUUCUAGUAGAUGAUGAUAAUAUAAGCAUCGACAAUCACUCAUCAAUAGAUUUAAAAACAAAUGAUUUAAAAGUAAAAUAUGAACAUCCACGAUUAGCGAUCGCUGAUACACAAUUAUUGGCUCCAUCCUUUCAUUCACGCACUGCCAGUUUAUCAAAUUAUUCAAUCUCAAAUUAUAGUGUUCUGUUAAAUGAAUUUUGUUGUAUUGAAACGCCACAAUCUGAAAAUAAAUUACCUAUCGAACAAAAUAGUUCUAAACCAGAUAACGAAAAAAAUAAUAAAAAGAAAGGUUUCAUAGCGACAUUUUUUUCAUCAAAGAAAAAAGAUGAACUAACAAUUAACAAUAGUAAUCAAGAGCAGAAAACUAUUCCAACAACAUCUGCCACUUCUAUUACGACAAUAUUGACAAAAAAGCAGCAAAGAUCUAGAAGUGCAUCUGAAACACCAAUCGAACAAACAAUAACGAGUCUAACGCAUCCACCAUUAACAAAUGACGAUCAAUACAAAUCUCAACUGACUCCGUCUCGUUCUUCUAUUACAGCAACAUUAUCAUCAGCUGUACCAAGUUUUUUCUUACCAUCGAAAAAAGAAAAUACAAAAAAAUCAUUAUCAGUUGAAGAAUCACAUUCAGUUUCGUUAAAUGAAAAAGUACCAAUAGAACAAAUACAAGAAUCAGAAACAGAUUCAGUAGCAUCGUCUCCAUCAAUGACAACGAUGAUUCAUACAAUAAAUCCAAUCCCACCAGAAGUUACUAAAAUAUCCACUCAGUCUAUCAUCCAUCAACAACAUCAAUCUUCCUCAACGUUUGGAACUUCUGCGUUUGGACUGUUGCAUCGUCUAUCAAAUCGAUUUACUCCAGGUGGAAAAAAUUCAUAUCAACAAUCUCUUCAAGACGUUAUCAGUAGUACAGGCCUCAUAUUUGAAAAUCGUCCAGUCAAUUUACCUCCUAAAUCAUUGGAAGAGACUAUGAAACAUCAUAAUCAAUAUCAAAAAAUGUGUUUAGAAGCAAAAAAAUCUCAACAGUUAUACGAUGAAAAAGAAGAAAAAUCUAGACGAUUGAAAUUAAAACGUGAAGAAUUUGUUUCAACAUCGUUAAAAAUAUGGACAAAUGAAAUAUUACCCUAUUGGAAAAAAUAUGGAAUUAAACAUGAUAAAGAAAAUAGUAUAAACGUGAAAGCAACAAAAUUAUGGUGGCACGGACUACCUCCAAGAAUACGUGGGAAAAUUUGGAAAAUGUCUAUUGGAAACGAAAUGGCUUUAACACCUGAAUUAUUUUCUGAAUUGGAACUUCUUGCACAUGAAAAAUUAAAUGAAAUGAAACAUAAAAAUAUUGAAAUUGGAAAGAACACACCGUUAAAUCAACAUGAAUAUGAUUCAAUUUCAUUGUCAUCACGUGGUGAAAGUUUAACAAAUUUUAUUGAACUUAUUCAACUUGAUGUCUCUCGUACAUUUCCUCAACUUGGUUUAUUUCAACAAAAUGGUCCUUAUCAUGAUUAUUUACAAAUACUUUUAUGUACAUAUGUUUAUUUAUCACCAGAAAUUGGCUAUGUUCAAGGCCAAGCAUUUUUAGCUGCAAUGUUUCUAUUAAAUAUGGACUUAUACGAUUCAUUUGUAUCAUUUUCUAAUUUAUUACAACGUCCCUAUUUUCAAACAUUUUAUCGUUUUAAUAAUAUUGAAAAAUAUUUAUUACUAUUUGAACAAUUAUUAAACUUUUAUUUACCAAAUUUAAGUGAACAUUUUUCUCGUAUGUCAAUAAAACCAGAUUGUUUUGCAUUUGAUUGGUUUUUUACCAUGUAUUCUAAAUCAUUACCACUUGAUAUUGUAUCACGUAUAUGGGAUAUUUAUUAUCGAGAUGGUGAUGAAUUUGUAUUUCGAACAGCUUUAGGAAUUCUUGCAUUAUAUGAAAAACGUCUAUUAAAUAUGGAUACAUUUCAUUGUUUACAAUUUUUAACAAAAUUACCAGAAGAUUUAAAUACAACACAACUAUUUAAAUCAAUUGAGACAAUAAAAUUUGAUGAUUUAACAAAAAUAAAUGAAUAUUGUCCACUAUUCUAUUUAAUAUCAUCAAAUAAUUAA